AUGGAAAUGGUCAAUAGUCGACCUGAAUCAAUGAUUAUUCAAACAGAAAGUUCUGGUGAAAUAAAUUCAAAUGAUACACCUAUUAAAAGAUCUUCAAUAAAAGAUGAAAUAUCAUCAUUAUCAUCAAUAGAUAGUAUUAAUGAUAAAACUGUUAAUCGUAAUGAAAAAAAUUCUUUAUUAGAAAAUAAUUUAGCAACAUCAUCAUCAACAACUGAUAGUGAUCUAGAGAGUGAACAAAAUGAUAAUCUUCAAUCGGAAGAAAAAAAAGAUAAUGAUAAAAAUCGAGCACGUGUACCAAAACGUGUAAAAUAUUUUCGUAAAUUCUUUGAAUCUGAAAUACCAGAUGAUAUGCCAGAAGUAAUUGAUUGUUAUGUUUGUGCAUAUUACGGUGAUAUAUUAUUACAAGGAAAAAUGUUUAUAACAGACCGUUAUCUUUGUUUUUAUUCACGUAUUAUAAAUUAUGUAACAAAACAUGUUUAUCGUUGGAAUGAAAUUGAUAAUAUUACAAAAGAACGUAUUGCAUUUAUAUUUCCAACAGCUAUUGGAAUUAAAUUAAAAGAAACAAAAAGGAAAGUUAUAUAUGCAUCAUUUCUUUCACGUGAUGAUGCUUAUGAUAAGAUAGUAUCUAUUUGGUCACGAUUCAGAAAUAAUAUAAACCAAUCAGGUGAGGAUGAAAGUUCUUCAACACCAAAUGGAUCAUUAAAAUCAACAUAUAAAAAUGAUAAAAUGAAAAAUACAAAACGUAAUUCAUAUGAAUCUGUUAAUGACUCUGAACCAGAAGAAGUUUUAGGAAUGUGUUUAGAUGAAAAUAAUGCUAAUAUACAACGAGUUAAAUCAAUUUCACCAAAAAUUCGUGAUGAAAAACAAAAAUCAACAACAUUAGUUAAUACAUAUAAAGACAAAGUACUUGAGAAAAAUCCAAUUCUUAAUCAAAAAUUACCAAAUCGAUUAGAUGGGAAUAGUCAUAAUACAAAUAAAUCUAAUCGAUUUUCACGUCAUUCAAAAAAGGAACAAAAACAAGAUGAUGCAACAAAAAGAAACAAUUCUUUGGUAACUCUUCAAACACGGAAUACUUCGUUGCUAGGAUCAGAAAAUCAAAUUAUUGAUCAAACAGUAUCUCUACAAGAACCAAUCUUAUCUGAAUCAAAUUCAUCAUCAGCCUUAAAUCCAAAUAUGAAUUCAUCAAUAACACAAAUAAAUGAUAAUGGAAUUCCAACAAAAAUUUUUAAUUCAACUAUUUCUUUUAUUAAUUCAAUUAUUCAAACUAUAUUAUCAUUAUUUCAUGAUUUUCAUAUAUGCCCAACUAAAACAACGACUUUUAUUUUAUUAUUUCUUACAGUUUUAUUUUUUCAUUCAUUUUAUUUAAUUCUAUUAGCCUAUCGAGUAGAAAGUCGUUUACAAUCAUUACAUAAUGUAUGGCCAUCAUCUGUGAUGAAAAACUCAUUGCAGUCAAACCCAAACCAACUAUAG